AUGUCGACUGCGGAUCGCGAGGUGGAGGUUGCUCACCCUCCGAGCUACGAUGACACCGUCCCUGUCGAGCAACAGGUCGCCGUGAACGAGAAGUCCAACAUGGACAAGGAGAACCUCUCCAUGACCCCCGACGGCGAGGAACCGACGGAGGAUGAGAAGCGCACCCUGCGCCAUAUCGCCGAGAACUUGCCCGUUUCGGCCUGGCUGGUCGCCAUCGUCGAGCUGUGUGAGCGUUUCACCUACUACGGCAUGUCUGGGAUGUUCCAGAACUACGUCCUGCGUCCUCUGGAUGGCAGCCAGGGUCGCGGGGCCCUGGGUAUGGGCCACCAGGGUGCUACCGGUCUCACCACUUUUUUCCAGUUCUGGUGCUAUGUCACUCCCAUCCUUGGUGCCAUUAUCGCUGAUCAGUACCUCGGCAAGUACAAGACUAUCGUGCUCUUCUGCGGUGUCUAUCUUGUCGGUCUCCUGAUUUUGGUCUGCACUUCCAUUCCCACUGCUCUGGAGCACGGAGCUGGUCUGGGCGGUUUCAUCGUGGCUAUCCUAGUUAUCGGUCUCGGCACCGGUGGUAUUAAGAGUAACGUUGCUCCUCUGAUUGCCGACCAGUACAAGAGGAAGAAGAUGGCCAUCUCGACUACCAAGAAGGGCGAGCGUGUGGUCAUUGACCCCGCGUUGACCAUCCAGCGGAUUUACAUGAUCUUUUACGGCUGCAUUAACCUCGGCUCGCUUUCGCUGCUGGCGACCCCCUACAUGGAGCAGUACAUUGGCUUCUGGUCGGGUUACCUCCUGUGUUUGUGCAUGUUUGCCGCCGGUACCUUGGUCCUCCUGUUGGGCCGCAAGUACUACGUCGUCCGCCCACCCCAGGGGUCUGUCAUCACCGACGCAUUCAAGGCUCUCUGGAUGAUGAUUACCAACCGCAACAUGGACGCCCCCAAGCCGAGCUGGCAGCUACAGCACCGCGGCGUUGAGGUUUCUCUGCCCUGGGAUGACCACUUCAUUGACGAGCUCAAGCGUGCUCUCGUUGCGUGCCGCGUCUUCGCUUUCUACCCCAUCUACUGGGUCGUCUACGGCCAGUUCUCCGGCAACUUCGUCACGCAGGCCGGCCAGAUGUCGGGCCACGGUAUCCCCAACGAUCUUAUGCAAAACUUCGAUCCGAUCUCCAUCAUCGUGUUUAUUCCCCUGCUCGAGACCGUCGUGUACCCGCUCAUGCGCCGCCUCAAGAUCCCCUUCCGCCCCAUCACCCGCAUCUCCCUGGGCUUCGUAGUCGCCUCGCUGGCCAUGAUGUACGCCGCCAUCGUGCAGCACCUGAUCUACUCCGCCGGCCCUUGCUAUGGCCAUCCGCUCUGCGCGGCAUCUGAGGUCGACGGCACCGCCCAGGGCAACAACGUGCACAUCGCCAUCCAGACACCCGCGUACAUGUUCAUUGGUAUCUCGGAGAUUUUCGCCUCCGUGUCCGGCCUGGAAUACGCGUACACCAAGGCGCCGCCCUCGAUGAAGUCGUUCGUGCAAGCGAUGUACCUGCUCACCAACGCGUUUGGCUCCGCCAUCGCCGAGGCUCUGACCCCGGCCGCGUUCGACCCGGCCAUCAUGUGGAUGUUCGUCGGUCUGGCCGGCGCCUCGUUCCUGUGCGGCAUCAUUUUCUUCAUCAUCUUCCGCCACCUCAAUGCCCAAGAGGACGACAUGAAUGCCCUCGAUGCCGACGACCCGAUGCCCGAGGCUCCUCGCGAAGAGGCGCGCCGCGCGUCCCAGGCCCCGCAGUAG